CUGUGAAGAGUGAAGAUGAUGAUGAAGAGAAACCUCACCUUCAUCAAAUACUACUUGAACACAUGGAAACAGAUGGUGGAGAGGGCUGUGGAGGACCAGAACCAGAGACACAUUUACAACCUGAUACUGAAGACUCCUCUGAGACUGAGGUCAGUGAUGAUGGUUGGACGGAGCCCAGAGAGCCUCAGUCGGGUUUAAAUUCUGCGAUUAAUGGUGUCAGGAACCCUGAUAAGGAGUCAUUUAUCUGCUCUGAGUGCGGGAAAACAUUCGGCCACAAGACGAAUCUGAAAAGACACAUGAGGUGUCACACGGGAGAGAAACCAUUUAGCUGCUCUUUCUGCAGUAAAAGCUUCAACCGGCGGGAACACUUGAUCGCUCACAUGAGGUGUCACUCAGGAGAGAAACCGUUUAGCUGUUCGGUCUGUAACACCAGCUUCAGUCAUGGCUGGUCUUUAGAUAAACACAUGAGAGUCCACACUGGGGAGAAACCGUUCAGCUGCUCACUCUGCGCUAAAAGAUUCCGGCAGCGGUCGGACUUGGUCGCUCACUUUCGGAUCCACACAGGAGAAAAACCUUUUUCCUGCUCGGUUUGUAACACAAGUUUCACGCAGCGCCACACAUUGGUUCAGCACAUGAGAACCCACACCGGACUCAAACCUUUCGUCUGCUCGGUGUGCAGUAAGAGGUUCUCGCGGAAGGGACACAUGACAAGACACAUGACGGCUCACACCGGGGAGAAACCGUUCUGCUGUGGCACUUGUGGGAAGAGCUUCACGUGGCAGUCGCAGUUUAAGAGACAUGAGUGUGCUGGUGAGAGCAGCAGCAGUAAAGGAAACUGAAAUUAGACAUAGGCCUGAUCUCCAGCCUAAAGCUGAAAUACUGAACCCUCAUAGACCAACAUCUGUGAGUGUGAGAGGCUGCAAGGACCCGAAAUGGUAUAAACAGGAAUGUGAAGUGUUUUAUUGUCAAUAUGUUUUAUCUGUUUUAUUAUUAGUAUUUAUCUUUAUUGUUGGGGUUCCACUUUAUUUUGAUUUGCUGGUCCUGAAAUGUUUUAAUCCUGGUUCAACCCUGUAAAGCACUUAAAGUCUGUUUCGAGCUGGUAUUGACAACCUGUGUCAGUUCUAAAAUCCCACAACACACCACAGUCAGGCUGUUGACAGCGUCAAACAUCAGGCUGAUGCAGGUUGGAACUGAAAAUAAGGUCAUACACUUAGCGGGAACACUCCUCAGAGUCAGUGCUGAUUGGAGCAGUAAAGCAACUGGAACGUUAGAACAUCACACUGCUCAGCUCACAGCCGUCGAGACAAUAACCACUGUAAGAAUAAAUACAAAUAAUACAAUAAACAGUCGUUGAGAAAUC